CUUAACCUUAUCUCUCCCCCAACUCUCUCUUCCUCCAACGAGAGAGACACACAAUUCUCAAGGGGUUAACCCUUCCUUUCUCAAAACCCUUAUCGAUAUGGACUCGAAGGCGGCAGUUACGCCACCAGAGCAGAAUCCUUUCUACGCUUCUUCGGGGCAAUCAGGUAAAACCUAUGCUUCCGUUGUCGCCGCGGCUGCAGCCGCCAGUAAAGACGGUGGGGCUGUGAGCAGUGCGAAGGAGAUUGAUUCCUCGCCGGAGCCUGGAGAUUCGGAUAAAGGUGGAGCCGAUGCUUUAUCUGCGGCGGAGAAGUCGAGUUUGGAGGUUGGAGCUGAUGUGAAAGCUUCCGACGAGGAUUUGGCUUCCCCCGUGGCUGCUUCAUCGUUAUCUCCGGAGUCUGAGGCUGGAGAAGAGAAUAAGAAGGUUGAAGGAGAUGGUGAGAGUAAGGAGAGUGUUGAUGUUGCAGAGAAACAGGGAGGGAUAGUGGAUGAGAAAGUUUCCGAUGAGGCUGGGGCACCUGAGGCUGCUCCUGAAGCUGUUUCUGAGGAAAAAAGUGGAGAAGAUGGUGUAGGGAUAACGGAAGAAGAGAAUAAGAAGGUUGGAGAGGGUGUGGAUGGUGAAAGUAGGCUUGAGAAUGGAAGUGUUGAUGUUGGUGAGAAAGAGGCUUCCACUGAUGGGGUUGUUGGUGGAGCUGAUAAGGAGGAGGAGGAGGAGAAGUCGAGUUUGGAGGUUGGAGCUGAUGAGAAAGUGUCCAACGAGGCUGCUUCAUUGUUAUCUGAGGAGCCGGAAGCUGUUUCUGAGAAAGCAACAGGAGAAGAUGAUGUAGGGGUUACCCAAGAAGAGGAUAAGAAGGUUGAAGAGGCGGUUUCUGAGAAAUUAACUGGAGAAGAUAAAUUAGGGGUUACUGAAGAAGAGAACAAGAAGGUUGAAGAGGAUGUGGAUGAUGUUGAUGACAAUGAGCAGUCAGGAAAAACCUAUGCUUCUGUUGUCGCUGUAUCCGCCAGUAAGGACGGUGAGGCUGUGAGUAGUGAGAAGGAGUUUGCUUCCUCACCAGAGGCUGUGUCUGGAGAUUCAGAUAAAGGUAUUGCUGCUGAUAAGGAGGUGAAAACGAGUUUAGAGGUUGGAGCUGAUGAGAAAGUUUCCGACGAGGCUGGUUCACCUGAGACUGCUUCGUUGUUAUCUCCGGAACCGGAGGUUGUCUCUGAGAAAACAACCGAAGAGAACAAGAAGGUUGAAGAGGGUGUUGAUGAUGUUGAAGUCAAUGCACAAUCAGGAAAAACCUAUGCUUCUGUUGCUGAAGAGACUGUGAAUGAUGUUGAAGACGAUGGUGAGCUUAACCUUGAAAACAAGAGUGUUGAUGUUACAGAGAAACAGGCUUCCACUGAAGUGAUGCUUAAUGAGAAUCCGGAAAUGGAGAAUGAGAGUAAAGCCGCGGGUGUGGAAGAAGAAGCUGUUGUAUCCAAAAAUAAUGAUGAGGUGACAAAGGGAGGUGAAACCAACGAGGAGGAGAGAAAAGUUGAUGUUGACGAUAAAAUUGAUGAUGUUGCUGAGGAAGGGAGUGUGGAGUUAACUAAUAAAGUUGUGGACUCAUCCACUAUAGAAUCUGUGCAUGUCGACGUGGCAAAACCAGGGGUGGCUGUUGUAGGAGACGUAGAGGGAAUCGAGGAGGUGAAGCUUAAUGCGGAUGGUGAACGUCUUGAAGUGGCUAAUAAGUUUGAUCAACUUGGCCAUAAUGAUGGUGAUGGAUUGGAAGUUGAGUCUAAUAAAUCCGUGGAGGCGGUAGGAGAAAAGUUGACUUCUGGAGCAGACUCUAUCGCAGACUCUUCCAAACUAGAAUUUGCUGAUAGAAGUGCUGCUGAGGCAGAGGAUGUAGCUGCUGAGAAAUUAUCAGAGGCAGCCACAGUAGAGCCUGAUGAACCGAAGGUAGGUGGAUCAGAAGAAGAAUUGCAUGUGUCUGAAAGUUUAACUGUGGGUUCAGUUGAUGCAAGAGAGGAUUCAGAGCCAGCAGCUGAGCUACAGUCUGAACCAAACUCUAACCCAGAGGCCAAGGAAGUUUCUGAAGGAAACAUUGCGGAAGAAGGUGGAGACAAACUCCCAGUCGCUGACAUUGUUUCUCGUGAGUUUAGUCUCGAAGGCAAGGAGGUGGAACAUGAACCUUCUGGAGGAGGUGUUGCUGUUGUUGAUAGGUCUGAUAGUGAAGAAGAAACUGAAGAGAUGAUAUUUGGGAGUUCUGAAGCUGCAAGACAGUUCUUGGCAGAGCUUGAAAAGGCUUCUUCGGGUAUCGAGGCCCAUUCUGAUGAAGCAAAUAUUUCUAACAAUAUGUCAGAUAGGAUUGACGGCCAGAUUGUCACUGAUUCUGAGGAGGAUGUAGACACAGAGGAUGAAGGUGAGGAGAAAAUGUUUGAUUCCGAAGCUUUGGCUGCACUGUUGAAGGCAGCCACUGGUGGUGGAAGUUCAGAAGGUGGCAAUUUUACCAUAACAUCGCAGGAUGGUACGAAGCUUUUCUCUAUGGAUCGCCCUGCUGGCUUGAGUUCUUCUUUUAAACCUUUGAAACCUGCAGCUGCUCCACGCCCCCGUCCCAACAUCUUCUCUAAUCCGAAUGUCACAGUGGAUGAAAGUGAGAUAAACUUGAGCGAGGAAGAGAAACAGAAAUUGGAGAAGUUGCAGAGCCUCCGAGUGAAGUUUUUGCGGCUUUUGCAGAGGUUGGGGCAGUCAGCAGAAGAUUCAAUUGCAGCGCAAGUUCUGUACCGUAUUGCACUACUUGCUGGGAGACAAACAGGGCAGUUAUUCAGUCUUGAUGCUGCAAAGAAGAAGGCUGUGGAGUAUGAGGCUGAGGGAAACGAAGAAUUGAACUUCUCGCUAAACAUACUGGUCCUUGGAAAAGCUGGGGUUGGAAAAAGUGCUACGAUUAACUCCAUUUUGGGAAAUCAGAAGGCGUCCACUGAUGCUUUUGGGCUCUCAACCAAUUCAGUAAGAGAAGUAUCUGAGACAGUUGGUGGCAUCAAGAUUACCUUUAUUGAUACCCCUGGUUUGAAGCCUGCUGCGAUGGAUCAAAGUGCCAAUUCCAAAAUGUUGUCUUCAGUGAAGAAGGUAAUGAAGAGAUGUCCCCCUGAUAUUGUUCUCUAUGUGGAUCGGCUUGAUACUCAGAACAGAGACUUGAACAAUUUGCCCUUGCUAAGGACGGUUACUGCUUCUCUUGGUGCAUCCAUAUGGAAAAAUGCCAUAGUGACAUUGACCCAUGCAGCUUCAGCCCCUCCUGAUGGCCCAUCCGGCGCCCCUUUGAGCUAUGAUGUGUUUGUAGCGCAGUGCUCACAUAUUGUUCAACAGUCUAUUGGACAGGCCGUUGGGGAUUUGCGUUUGAUGAACCCCAGUCUUAUGAAUCCAGUUUCUCUUGUUGAGAAUCAUCCAUUGUGUAGGAAGAAUCGGGAGGGAGUUAAGGUUCUGCCUAAUGGUCAAACUUGGAGACCUCAGUUGUUGCUGUUGUGCUACUCCCUGAAGGUUUUGUCAGAAGCAAACGCUCUACUGAAGCCUCAAGAACCAUUGGACCAGCGUAAACUAUUUGGUUUCCGAGUUCGAUCCCCACCUCUCCCGUACUUGCUGUCUUCGCUAUUGCAGUCACGUGCACAUCCUAAGCUCCCUACAGACCAAGGAGGUGAUAGUGUUGACUCUGAUAUUGAAAUUGAUGACGUGUCUGAUACUGAGCAGGAAGAUGGGGAUGAAGAUGAGUAUGAUCAGCUGCCACCAUUUAAGCCUCUUCGAAAAACCCAACUUGCAAAACUCUCAAAGGAACAGAGAAAGGCAUAUUUGGAGGAGUAUGAUUAUCGGGUAAAGCUUCUCCAGAAGAAGCAAUGGAGAGAGGAAUUGAAGAGGAUGAGAGAGAUGAAGAAAAACGGGAAGAAGGUGGGUGAAAAUGAGUUUGGAUAUCCUGGUGAAGAAGAGGAUCCGGAGAACGGUGCUCCAGCUGCAGUGCCAGUUCCAUUACCAGAUAUGGUUUUGCCACCUUCGUUUGACAGUGAUAAUUCAGCCUACCGAUACCGUUUCCUGGAGCCCACUUCACAGCUCCUUACCAGGCCAGUAUUGGAUACCCAUGGUUGGGACCAUGACUGUGGGUAUGACGGUGUCAAUGCAGAAUACAGUCUUGCUAUAGCAAGCCGGUUCCCUGCUACAGCUACUGUCCAAACCACCAAGGACAAGAAAGAGUUCAACAUUCAUCUGGACUCUUCCGUGUCUGCUAAGCACGGUGAAAGUGGCUCCACCAUGGCAGGUUUCGAUAUCCAGAAUGUAGGUAAGCAGCUUGCAUAUGUGGUCAGAGGAGAAACCAAAUUCAAGAACUUGAAGAAGAACAAGACGACACUUGGAGGUUCAGUGACUUUCUUGGGCGAGAACAUUGCCACUGGUGUUAAACUCGAGGACCAAAUAUCACUUGGGAAAAGGUUUGUGCUUGUAGGCAGUACAGGAACCAUGCGAUCACAGGGAGAUGCGGCGUAUGGUGCGAACCUGGAGGUGAGGCUAAAGGAAGCUGAUUUUCCAAUAGGCCAGGACCAACACUCUUUAGGACUGUCUCUGGUGAAGUGGAGAGGCGACUUAGCCCUCGGAGGCAACCUCCAGUCCCAAGUCUCUGUUGGAAGGAACUCAAAGAUAGCGCUUCGUGCAGGGCUUAACAACAAGAUGAGCGGUCAGAUCACACUCCGAACCAGCAGCUCGGAUCAGUUGCAGAUUGCUCUCACUGCCAUUCUUCCAAUUGCUAUGUCCAUCUACAAGAUGCUUCGACCAGAAGGGGCCACUGACAAGUACAGCAUGUACUGAGUAUGCCUGCAACUCCCUUCUGCUGAUGAAUGCAGGAGAAGGAUGUUUAAUGUUAUUUGGUUUUGGUUCAUGUUUUUCUCUCCACCUUAAUAAAACUCUUGUUGAGAUUUUCUCGAAGUUGUAUUUUGUUCUGUUGAGAAGUACCUAUCUAUCGGAUUGUAUCAGUAUUUCUACAAUUUCAGUUAUUCCUCAGAAAAGUUGGAGUCUUC